CUCUUCUUCCUCGUUCCGUUGCCUUACCCUCUUCCCUCCUCCUCCUCCUCCUCCGCACCCAAAACCCCCAGAUAGAGAGAGACAAGUGAGAUUGCUCCUAAUCAGAAGCAAUCUCACCUUUGGGAUAACAUAUUUUCAACUUUUUUCUUCCCGGUGACUCGAAAAACGAAGCUUCUUUUGCUUUUCAUUUCACAAAGGUUCCUACUUGAAAACUCUGGCGGCUAACGUUUUCGCCGAUCUUCUCACUUCUCUUUCGAAGUUUCGUCUUCUAACCAAGGAAACGAAAGAAGCUCCUCGUCACCUUUUGAGUAACGUGAUCCGUUCUAACAAAGGGUUCUUCGUUUUAUUUGGCUGCUAAAAAAAAAAACCUGAUUUUUUGAUUUUCUUGGAAGAAGAGAUGAAGAGACUUAGAGAAGAUGUUCAACCUGAACCUGAACCUCAAAAGCGAAGGGCUGAAGUUUCAUCUCGAGGAGAAACAAACAAGCAACCUAAAACCCUUGAUGCCCUGACGUAUCUCAAAUCUGUAAAGGAUAUUUUUCAUGACAAUAAAGAGAAAUAUGAGUCAUUCCUUGAGCUCAUGAAGGACUUUAAAGCUCAGAGAAUCAACACUGAAGGUGUCAUCGAAAGAAUUAAAGAAUUGUUCAAGGGUUACAAGAACCUACUUUUAGGUUUUAAUACUUUCUUGCCCAAAGGGUAUAAAAUAACCCUUCAGCCGGAGGAAGAGAAACCUAAGGUCCGGGUGGAUUUCAAAGACGCUAUCGGUUUUGUCACCAAGAUUAAUACGAGGUUCGGAGAUGAUGAACAUGCGUACAAAAGUUUUCUAGACAUCCUGAACAUGUAUAGAAAGGAAAGAAAGUCCAUCUCUGAGGUCUACAAAGAGGUCACUAUGCUAUUCAAGGGCCAUGAAGAUCUGCUCAUGGAGUUCGUUAAUUUCUUACCUAAUUGUCUAGAAUCAGCUCCUUCAGCAACGAAGGCAGUACAUCGUCACAAGGGCACUGCAACUUCUGGCAUGCAUUCUGAUAAGAAACUAAAACUGCGAUGUAAGCUUGAGGAUAAUUCUGAACACUCUGACCAACGAGAAGAUGGUGAUGAGAACCUUGUCGCUUGUUCCCCUGACUCCCUUGUUAAAGAAGGUCGUCCAGGAGAUUUUCAAGAUGAUGAAAAUAGAGAAGAUACUGAAACAGAUACAGCAGAUAGAACUGAAAAAAGUGCAGCAUCUGGCAGUAAAGAUAUCGGAAAUCACAGACCCACCACCCCGUAUGUGGGAACACCUAUAAAUGAACUUGAUCUCUCUGAAUGCACUCAGUGUACGCCAAGUUAUCGGCUCCUACCAAAGGAUUAUGCAGUUGAGAUUCCAAGCUACAGAAAUACACUUGGUAAAAAGACACUCAAUGACCACCUGGUAUCUGUCACCUCCGGGAGUGAAGAUUACUCAUUCAGUCAUAUGCGCAAAAACCAGUAUGAAGAAAGCUUAUUUCGGUGUGAGGAUGAUAGGUAUGAAAUGGACAUGUUACUAGGAUCUGUAAGUUCAGCAAUCAAACACGUGGAAAUCCUUCUGGAAAAGAUGAACAACAACACUAUCUCAGUAGACACUACUAUAUGUAUCGAGAAACACUUAUCAGCUAUGAACUUAAGAUGCAUUGAGCGGUUAUACGGUGAUAAUGGGCUUGAUGUCAUGGAUCUUUUGAAGAAGAACAUGCAUAGUGCUUUACCGGUGAUACUGACGCGCUUGAAGCAGAAGCAAGAAGAAUGGGCAAGGUGCCACUCUGAUUUCCAGAAAGUUUGGGCUGAAGUAUAUGCUAAGAAUCACCACAAGUCACUAGAUCAUCGUAGUUUCUAUUUCAAGCAGCAGGACUCUAAGAACUUGAGCACAAAAUGUUUAGUGGCAGAGAUAAAAGAUAUCAGUGAGAAAAAGCAUCAAGAAGAUCUGCUUCAAGCUAUUGCUGUUAGAACUAUGCCCUCUUUUACUCCGGAUUUGGAGUUUGAUUAUUGUGAUACACAAAUUCACGAGGAUUUAUAUCUGCUAAUCAAGUAUUACUGUGAAGAAAUAUGUGCCACUGAACAAUCAGAUAAGGUAAUGAAGCUGUGGAUAACCUUUUUGGAGCCCAUGUUUGGCACUCUUUCGAGGUCUCAAGGUGACCUUGCUAUGGAAGAUGUAUCAAAGUUGAAAACCAACCAAGAAUUGCAUGAUGCAUGCGUGGCAGUGAAGGACAGCUCUUCUGGGUCAAAGGGUAAACAUCCAAUAUCCCCAAAACUGCUGAAAGAUAAUCCAACAAUGCAAGGAAGCUCGCCUGGGAAAGAUGUCUCAGCCAAUAUAAUGAAAGGUGCUCAGCAUGAUAAACUGCAAGAUGAUACAGAUAUGUCUUAUGAGGUUAUUCAGUCUACCAAACUUGUGUCAGCCAGAAACGAUCAGAUAAUGGAGGAUGUAUCAGUGGUAAAUCAUGAGGCUGAGCGAGAAGAGGGUGAAUUAUCUCCCACUAACAGUUGUGAGCAAGGUAACUUUGAUGUUAGCGGACAAAAUGGCCUCAAGCCUUUACAAAGGGUGAUGGACAAUGUAACAAGCAAUACAUACCAGCAAAGUUGUGAUAAAAAGGGAGCAUAUUGCACUGAAACGGGAACAAAGGGAAAUACUCACCCUGAAGAUGACGAAAAUUGUCACAAGUUAUCAGAGGAUAAUGAGACCGCCUCUGAAAAGGUUGCUUCAGGAACCAAGUCUGGUUGUCAUGAAAAGCAUAAGGAGCCUAUUAGUGUGGCUGGAGAGGUGGCUAAUGGAAAAGAAGGUGAAGAUGGAUCCUUUGCAUUUACAGAGCGGUUUCUGCAAACUGUAAAACCUGUUGCCAAGCAUGUGUCUUGGCCACUGCAAGCUAGUGAAACUUGCUCUCAGAAUGAUUCUCGAGUUUUUUACGGGAAUGAUUCUUAUUAUGUGCUAUUUAGGCUUCAUCAAAUGUUGUAUGAGAGAAUACAAUCAGCAAAGAAACAUUCAGAAAAGAAGUGGAAGGCUCCGGAUAACACAACUCCUGAUUCUUAUCCCAGGUUCAUAGAUGCACUCUAUAAUUUACUUGACGGCUCUAGUGACAAUACAAAGUUUGAAGAUGAAUGCCGAGCUAUUUUUGGAGCACAGUCAUAUGUUCUCUUCACAUUGGACAAGUUAGUUCAGAAGUUUGUUAAGCAUCUGCAUGCUGUUGCAGCUGAUGAGACAGACACCAAGCUUCGACAACUACAUGCGUAUGAGAACUACAGAAAACUGGGGAGAUUCGUUGAUCUAGUGUAUCAUGAGAAUGCACGUGCCCUCCUCCAUGAGGCAAACAUAUACCGGAUCAGAUAUUCAUCAGCAAAAACACGUCUCUCUAUUCAGCUUAUGAACUGCGGGAAUAACCAGCCUGAAGUAGCUGGUGUAGCCAUGGAGCCGGAUUUUGCAAAUUAUCUACAAAAAAAGUUUCUGACAUCCGUCAAUGAUGAUGAGAAUCAUGGACUGUUUUUGAAAAGGAACAAGGAGAAAUUCACUAGUGUAAAUGAAUCUUCGGGGGAUACAAUUGCAAUGGAAGGAUUGAGUAUUAUUAACGAGAUUGAAUGUAAAAUGGCUUGCAGUUCUUCAAAGGUGAAGUAUGUAGCAAACACAUCAGAUCUUUUGUAUAGAAGCAAACAGGGGAAACCGAAUUCAAAGGGACCGAGGCUUAAAAGAGUUAGUGAAAUUUCGAAACAGAGAAGAAUAUCGCGGUUUCACAUUAUGCUGAAUUGCAAACUUUGUGCCUUGCCUCCUAUAUAAACUGGUGUGUUAGUGUUGAGGUUCCUGAUGGUAGCGGCUCUUAUGGCUCUUAUAGGUUAUGCAAAGCUUUUGGUGGUGGAGAAGUUUACUUGUUUUUGACGUGACAUGAACUAGGAUCGUAUAGCUCAUGAUUCACUAGGCCACAUUUGUUCUGUUUUGCGUUUGGAGCCUUACAUUUUGGUGUAUAGUUUUAUCAGAAUAGAUGAUACGGAAGUUGCCAAAAUCGAAGACUCUAAUUUUGUUCAUUCAUCAUAUACUUCCUUUUA